GACAAGAAUCUCAACCCCAUUUCUCUGCCUUCAAGACUUUUUUAUUUCUUCAAAACUUGAAGCUUUUUUGUGAGUUACUAUUUUGCUCAAUCAAAAAGAGAAGUAAAAUUACAGAGCAAAAAAGAUAGUUAUGGCAGCUUAUAGAGGUGAAGAAGAGUAUGAUUACCUAUUCAAGUUGGUGUUGAUAGGUGAUUCAGGUGUAGGUAAAUCCAAUCUGCUUUCCAGGUUUACCAAGAAUGAAUUCAAUUUAGAAUCUAAGUCUACUAUUGGUGUUGAGUUUGCAACAAAAAGUCUUAAAAUUGAAGGUAAAGUUAUUAAAGCUCAGAUUUGGGAUACUGCUGGUCAAGAAAGGUAUCGUGCCAUUACCAGUGCUUACUAUCGGGGAGCUGUCGGUGCUUUGCUCGUAUAUGAUGUUACUCGACAUGUUACCUUUGAGAACGUUACAAGGUGGUUGAAGGAGUUGAGGGACCAUACUGACCCUAACAUUGUAGUCAUGCUCCUUGGCAACAAAUCAGAUCUCCGACAUCUUGUGGCUGUUUCAACUGAUGAGGCUAAAUCCUUGGCAGAAAGGGAGGCAUUAUACUUCAUGGAGACUUCUGCAUUAGAAGCAACUAAUGUCAACAAUGCAUUUACUGAAGUUCUCACGCAGAUAUACGGUAUAGUUAGUAAAAAGGCAGUCGAGACAGGCGAUGAAGGUGCUACUACAUCUGCUCCACCUAAAGGACAGACAAUUAACAUCAAAGAUGAAGGAUCUGCUUGGAAAAAGUUCGGAUGCUGUUCAACCUAGGGUCGCGGGAAACUAUGCAAAGACAAUAGCUCAAGCUUUAUCAGUUGUAAAUUGUCAUUAAAUCAAUGAUUUCCUCCCUUUUUCUUUUUGCUGGUUAUCGUGCUUGUGGGAUAUAAGAUUUAUACUAGCCAUGAGAAUACAUGAAUCAACGUUCUCAUGCAGAACUCCAAAGGAGGAGCAGGUGCUGUUAGUUUCUAAUUUCUAAUUACUGAAUGUUCAAACAAGGUCUUAGUUUUAUGUUGUUCUGGAUGAUGGCUUUGAAAUAUUGAGACACUAUCAAGAUCUUUCCAAUACCAUAUUAUCGAUAUCUUCUUUUGUAUCGAA